AUGCCGCCACCUAACAGUCAGCGCACCUUUUUCAUCGAGGAAGAUCUAAUUGAGAUAUCAUCCGAAUUCGACAGUGGAAAUAUCAUUCAAGUAGAGCGUGUGGGACCUUUUCAGUACAAGUUAUAUAGUGCCAUGGACUGCAGCAACUCGAUGUAUCAGACAAAUGGGCGGCAGUGGUUUCAUUUCUCUAUUCGCGGUGGCAUCAAAGGCACCAAUGUGGUAGUUACCGUGAUUGGUAUUAUCUACAGUACGAUGUACACCCAUACAUGGGCGCCUGUGAUGGCAGUCUUUCCUUCUCGACCGGCGUAUUCGCGUAUCAAUAGCUACACCAAGGUGUCCCCCCUGAAGGAUAUGCCUCCUACACCGGGAUUUCCAAAACAACUUUAUCUUAAUCCAGCUCUGCGCCAUUUGAAUUUCGCGUCCGGAGAGAAUUCGGAUUCUCAGGGUUUAGCACCCUGCGGCGAUGGGGAGGAGGUAACGUCGGACCCUGUCAUGAUCGCAACAACUGAGAAUUUAGGUGCUCAGACGUUGAACUGCGGUACUUCCUCUCCGUCUGAAGUGUCAAAUCGUGCACUGCUAGAUGAGAAGUGCGAAGAUGCUACCAGCUCGGGCCCAUCACCGUCGAAUACGACGAUUACCAACGUAUCCACGACCAAAAAGUCUAGCAAAAGGCUAUUUAAAAAGCAUGUUGCCUUGACCCUUGAAUUUGAGUUUCAGAUUGAAGCAAACAUCCCACUAAAGUCGUCUUAUCCCCUAGGGCAUCCCAAAUGCCCUGCAAUUUUUAUUGCGAGCAAUCAUCCUUAUUCGUACACGACUCUACAACGGAACAUCCACGCGUGGCAGAAGCAGGUGGCAGUUGUUAACCGGAGCAUCAUCACUCCAGCGCUUGAAUUAUCGCCUCGACAGGAGCUACCCAACAUCGAUGUAUGCUCAAGGAUUGAAGAAGGUGAUAGCUUUUCAUCGUCGAAGACGGUAGACUAUGCGAAGACGGUAGAAAAGGAAUUCCCAGUGAUGAAUCAUGUGGAAUCAUUUUCUACUAGGGGCGGCAAAAACGCUUUUCAGUCGCAGAAUAUUUACUUCCAUCGCGAGAUUCUAUGCCAGACGCUUGAGGGCCGGCGGGUCGACUUACUGACGAUCUCUGGAAUGUCCGGGGCAAUGCUUGAGGAACCGAGAAUGGCGCUGCUUUCCGAUGAGCACGGCAUUCCAGUUUCCUCUGCACAGAGUUCUACAACUCGCCCGAUUCGAUUUUCAGGGAAGCGGUAUGUAGUGUUAUCGGCGCGUGUACACGCAGGGGAGUGCCCGGCGAGCCAUAUGAUGCACGGUUGCAUAGAAUACCUUUUAAAUUCCAAAGAUCCCCGCGCGUGUGCACUUCGAGAGCACUUCGUUUUUUUUAUCGUACCGAUGUUGAAUCCAGACGGCGUGCUGCGUGGCCACAGUCGCGCGGAUGCCGCAGGCGUUGACCUUAACCGCACCUACCGCAACCGAUCCUUCAGGCGUCACCCUGCCACCUUCAGCUUAUGGGCCCUUCUCAGGUCAUUGAGUGAAGUUCCUGAGCAGUUGGCUCUGUUUGUGGAUAUGCACGCUCACUCGAAUCAGCGUGGGAUUUUUUUUUACGGCAAUAAUAUCGACACGACUUCUCAUUUCGAGACUCUUAUGUAUACCCAACUAGUCGCCUUCAACUCGCCUUACCUGGAGUUUAAGCAGUGCGACUUUACGGAGUCGAAUAUGUUCGCGACGUCACGCUCUGGGACCUGCAAAAACUCCUCGUGCCGCGUUGCCUUGUAUACGGAGGCCGGGGUUCUGCAUAGCUAUACGAUCGAGGCGUCGUACGUGGAGGGGAAUGUAUUCACCCCUGUGGUAGCUCUGACCAAUAUUACUGGAAGAGAAGAUGAAACACUGGAGAAUGAAUCAGCAGGCAAGCUUCGGUACACGGUCAGGUCAUUCAACAUAACCGGUGAGGCUAUUUUGCUCGGAUUGCUCGACAAGCACUCACUGAAUCCAGUCAGUCGUCUGCCGCAUACAAUGUUCCGCAACUUCGAAGGGCUGAAGCAGUGGUUGAGUCGACAAGUGAAGAUUGAACUGGCAGAGCGGAUUUUCAUAAUCGCUCACAAAGAGCAUGGCCGAGGGAAGCCGACUGAGUUGGAUUCUAGUCCGUACGUCGCUAUCUUAGAAUCAAUGGGAGCCGAGGGCCUUCCGGAUAAGAUAACAUUGAAGGGCUGCCGUGUGCUUCCUUCCACAACAGUGACUGGGGUUCGACGUCUGCUGUCGAUACCGGAGCUAGUCUUACUGUUAGAGCAGACCCCCCCGUCGGGGCCUCCGCGGUCCUUAUUGCAUGAUAUUAAUCGUUCAAGAUUCCUUUCCAUAAAGUCCGGAGCACAUUCCAGGCGUGUGGAGACUACAACUCCUACGACAGAUUAG